AUGACGACCCGCUCUGAAUCAUUCGAGAACUUGGCUUUCCAGCUCUCUGAGAUUGCCAAAUCAUCUUCCAGCGAAGCGGAAAUGAAUACUGCCGCAGCCGUCAUUGCAAGAGAUAUACUCAAAGUCGUGAGAGGUACUGUUCCCGAUUGGUCGGAGAGGAUGUUUAGUGCUGUGGAGGUAACUGCUCUGAGACUUUUCCUUGAUUGGGGUGCAUUUGAAGCCAUUCCCGACCAUGGUACUAUUUCCUUCACCAUGCUCGCGAAGCAACUGAACGCAGACGAGUCACUCGUUCGACGCACCGGCUGGGUUCUUGUUGCUGGCGGCGUCUUGCGCCAACAUGGCAAAGAUCAAGUGGCUCAUACCACAUUGUCUCGGCAAUAUCUCCCCGGAAGCCCUGACGGGCUACUACUCGAAAUGAUAUUCGACGAGCAUAUGCUUCCGGCCCUUAAGCUACCAGAGUAUUUCUUACAAUACGGCCGCCAUGAGCCAGUCAGCCGAACACACACUCCUCAUUCUUUCGCUCUUGGUCAGCCCGAUAAAGAGAUCUGGGAGAUUCAGAAGGGAAGCCCUCAUAGAGUGAAGCGGAUGAUGAAAGCAAUGGAGUUGACCGAGUCAUUCAUCCCAAUGGUGGGUAUUUACGAUUUCAGCUGGGUCAAGACAAAACUCUCUGAGAAUCAAGACCGAAUCAUUCUUGUGGACGUCGGUGGCGGUAAAGGACAUGUGGUCAAGGCGAUUCUCAACGAAAAUUCCUUUAUACCGCCAGAGCGCAUCAUCCUAGAGGACCGCGAUGAGGUUAUUGACGAGGUGAUGCGGUUGAAGGAGCCCGAACUUAGCAAGGUCCAGCUUCGGGUACAUGAUUUUCACCAGCCGCAGCCAGUGAAAGGCGCAAUGAUAUAUUCAAUUCGUCGCUGUCUUCAUGAUUAUGGCGACGAAGUUUGCGUCAAAAUGUUAGCACAGAUUUCAGAGGCGAUGGCUUCAGACAGCAAACUCCUCAUUGGCGAGUACGUGCUUCCGAAUCCGCCAUCUGCCUUGGGCGCCAUGAGUGAUUUCGCCAUGAUGGGGAUUGGUGGUAAAGAACGGACAGCCGAUGACUGGGAGGCUUUGGUAGCCCAUGCUGGAUUGAAAAUUGAGAAGGUGCAUGGACUGGAUAAGAAAAUUCAGGUCAUCGAAUGUACCAAGACUGAAGUUGGCAUUUGA